AUGGAAUUCCGAUACGCACGAGGCAUGUCUUCGGCUUUAACCAAUUCGACGUAUAGCAAUGUGACUGGCGCGACUGUCGACUCCGGAAACGAGCUUGUUGUGUUUGAUCGUGGCGUGGCCAUGUUCGAGGCCGUCGCGGUUGCCAUGAUUGCUUUCAAGCGAGGCGACGAUGACUUGGAUGCUGCUCGCUCGGCGUUCAAGAAGAUCACCGAUAAGCUUGGUCUUGUCAUACCGCAUGAAAACUUCUCCAUCCUCUUGAGGCACGACGCAGAGGACAUAGAAACCUGUGUUGAGCGUACCAUGAGAAGAGAAGACGAUCAUGACGGGCCACCAGACACGAGAUACACGCAUUAUCAGCGCCUUCUGCAAACCGAGCUGCUUGCCCAGGAGGCGCGGGGGCUCUAA